AGCAUGCGUGCCGUGCCUGAAGUUGCUAAAUUGAAAUUGAACACGCAUAGUUAACCUUUCUAAAUAGAAGAGGGGAAAGGAGGGGCGGGGGAAGGAACCUCUGCAGAGCUCUUCGUAUAAGGAACAUGAGCAUUUAUUCGUUCUAGGUGGUUUUUUAAAAAGACAGGGGAGGUCUCAUUAUGUAGCUCUGGAAGUUACUCUAGACCAGGAUGGCUUCGAACUCCAGAGAGCCACCUCCCUCCGCCUCCUGAGUGCUGGGAAAUACACUCGCCUGUGCCUCCCUCAGUGCUGGCGUUAAAGGUUUGUUCCACCACACCAGGCUGCCAUCCUGCCUAUUAUUCGGCCAGAAGGUGAUUGGUGGGUAAAGAAAAAGUCACCCACCCCCUUGUUUCUCAGACGAGGCCCGCUUUGUGGCUCGGCAUGUCGAUAGUAACAGUGCAGCUCGGGCAGUGUGGCAACCAGAUUGGCUUUGAGGUGUUUGACGCUCUAUUUAGAGACUCACACUGUUCCCAGGGACUCUGCUCUAAGAGAGAAAAUGAAGCGUAUCAAGCAUCCUGCAAAGAAAGGUUUUUCAGAGAGGAAGAACAUGGAGUUCCAGUUGCCCGGGCUGUCCUUGUUGACAUGGAACCUAAAGUUAUCAAUCAAACACUAGCAAAAGCCACCCAGUCUGGCCAAUGGAAAUAUGGUCAGCACGCAUGCUUCUGUCAGAAACAAGGAUCCGGGAACAACUGGGCAUAUGGUUACUCUGUACAUGGACCAAAGCAUGAAGAAUCCGUAAUGAACUUAAUCCAAAAGGAGGUGGAGAAAUGCGACUCUUUGAGUGGACUUUUCAUCAUGAUGAGUAUGGCCGGGGGAACAGGAUCAGGGCUGGGAGCCUUCAUUACACAGAAGUUACAAGAUCAGUACUCCAGUUCCUUGAAAAUGAAUCAGAUUAUAUGGCCUUACGGAACUGGCGAGGUUAUCGUGCAGAACUACAACUCCAUCUUGACGCUCUCUCACUUGUACCGGUCUUCAGACGCCCUCCUCACUCAUGAGAACGACGCAGUCCACAAGAUCUGUGCCAAACGGAUGAACAUCAAGCAGAUCUCCUUCAGAGAUUUAAAUAGAGUUCUUGCCCAUCAGCUGGGGAGCGUGUUCCAGCCUACAUACUCUGAGGACAGCUCGUUUCACUACCGCAGGAAUCCACUGGGAGACUUAGUGGAGCAUUUAGUUCCCCACCCUGAAUUUAAGAUGCUGGGUGUCCGGAACAUUCCUCAGAUGUCUGCGAACUCCCUGGCGUUCAGCACAUUUACCUGGGCUGGCCUCCUCAAGCAUUUAAGACAGAUGCUUAUUUCCAGUGCAAAAAUGGAAGAAGGUAUCGACUGGCAGGUGCGGCCUCCUCUGUCAGGCCUCCCUCCUCUUGGCAAAAUGUCAGUUCACAAAGAACUUAAUUUUAACACUUCCAUUGCUAACUUGGUCAUCCUCCGUGGGAAAGAAGUGCAAAGUGCAGAUGUGGAGGGAUUUAAGGACCCAGCUCUCUACACUCCCUGGCUGGGACCCGCUCACGCGUUCAGCGUGUGGAGAACGCAGCGAGCUUUUGACAAGUAUGAGAAGUCUGCGGCACUGGUCAGCAAUAGCCAGCUCUUAGUGAGACCGCUCGACGCGAUUGUGGGCAAGGCGUGGAAUAUGUUUGCAUCCAAAGCUUACAUCCAUCAGUACACAAGAUUUGGAAUGGAGGAAGAAGACUUUUUGGACAGCUUCACGUUGUUAGAACAAGUUGUCGCCAGCUAUAGUAAUCUCUGACUUUAAGCUAAGAAGAGAAGAAGACCUUAAGGAUGCUUGGACUAAAAUAUUUUCAAAAUGGAGGCUUAGUGGGGCUUGUCUGCGAUCCCAGCACUCUGGGUCUCCUGUAGCCAACCUGGGCUACACAAGGCUCCGUUCAGAACAGAUAAAUAAAUAUGAAUAUUUACUUUCAAGGUCAA